AUGCCUCCUGUCGCAGCAGUCCCCACUGGCAGCCAGCAUGGCGCGUCCAACUUUGACAAGCUCAAAAUGGGUGCCAUGAUGGGUGGUACUGUCGGAACCAUCAUGGGCUUCAUUUUUGGAACUGUAAACAUCUUCCGGUAUGGCGCUGGUACACAAGGUAUCAUGAGGACACUGGGACAGUACAUGCUUGUUUCUGGCACUACGUUCGGCUUCUUCAUGUCGAUCGGUUCUGUCAUUCGAUCAGACGCCGACCCCAAAAUGCACGAACUAUACAUGCGGGCGCAAAGAAGACCGAUAGUAAACAUGGCAUAUCCAGCAUGGCGAAAUUCUCCUUGA